AUGGAGUUUGAACAUGUGAUGGGGGCUUGUGUGCCCAAUAGCGCAUGUUACUGUAAUAACGGAUACGUUAGGGACAAGAAUGGAGUCUGUAUUAAAAGAGAAAAUUGCCCGGCACCGCCGAAAUGCGGCAAGGGCGAGGAGUGGAGCGACUGCGGCUCUUCGUGCCCGAAGUCUUGCGACAACAGAGACAACACGUGUCUGAUGUGUACGAUGAAUUGCGUGCCCGGCUGCUACUGCGCCGGCACGACCAUCAGAGGACCGAAUAACACUUGCGUUGAACCUAAAGACUGCCCUAAGCGCACGUGCACCGGCGAUAACGAAUAUUUCGACCCUUGUCCUCCAACAUGUCCUAGGGGCGAAAAAUGUGAGAACUUGUGGUCUAAAAUACCAUGCACGCCUAUAGACUGCUGUGACCCUCAAUGUCGAUGCAAGACCGGAUACUUCAGAAAUGAUCAAAAUAAAUGUGUCACCGCCAAAGAAUGCGCCCCAGCAGAGUGCGAUAAGGGAAAGGUGUACAGCGAAUGCGGUUCGUCGUGUCCUCCAUCGUGCGAGAACAGAGGGAACACGUGUCUGGUGUGCACGGCGCAGUGCGUGCCCGGCUGCUUCUGCGCAAAGGGGACCAUCAGAGCACCGAACAACACUUGCGUGAAACCGGACAAUUGCCCUCGACCCCACUGCGGCCCCAACGAAGAGUUCGUCAAGUGCCCGCCAACGUGCCCAAGAACCGAUGAGUGCAAGAACCUCUGGUCUAAAGUACCUUGCACGCCAAUAGACUGCUGCCAUCCUCAGUGUCGCUGCAAGUCUGGCUUCUACAGGAAGAACGGUGUUUGCGUUAGAGCUAAGGAGUGUUAG